AUACUAUGUUAGCGACUGUAGCCGAAGAUGCGCCGAAGACGCGCCGAAGAUGAAUUGCACAAAUUCAAAAUGCCGGACGAGAAUGUUGAUUUAGAACUUCAGUGGGAAAGUCGUUUGGAGAAAAAUUUUAAUGUUUUUACAGUUGGAAAGAUAUUCAGGUAAGAGAGAAAGCUUGUAGAAUUGAUAUAGUUUAAAUAUUAUGUUGAUUUUUUCUCGCCAAUAGUCAAAAUGACCCGAAUUAUGACUUUUCAAUACACGUGUAUUAUUCGGAUAAUUUCAAUUUUUGCAUUUUGAGUCAUUCAAAGAACGUAUUUCAUCUUGAGAGCUCGUUUUAGACAAAUUUAUAUAAAAACUUGUAUAAAUAUAGAAAUUUUCUAAUGAGAUGUCUGCAUGAAAAUUGAUGUGGUGGCCUCGUAUAUAAGAUCUAGUUCAAACAUCAGAGAGGUUCUUUUGUUUUUAUUAGCUUCGCCAACUAGGGCAGGGUCACCACAACAGCAUAUGCCAAUUACUGUGGGCCCUUUUUUUUACCUAACCCACCCUGUCAACUUUUCCCUGUGGGAGGAAACCGGAGUACCCGGGGAAAACCCACGGCGUUCGGCAGAGCGUUGACUUUUACUCUUUUCACAUGGGGACUGGGUUCGAGUCGCACUGAGAAGGUACUUAGUGAGAUUCGAACCUGCAGCCUCAGAGGUGAAAGGCAAGUGCGCUAACCACUUGGCCACCGUAGCCCCAUUCAGAAUUGACCUUUCACUUCUGCUACCAUUAAGGGACCAUUAACCAAUCAGAUGCAUUUGAUAUAUCCAAUUAACCAAUCAGAUGUAGGCAAAGCCAAUGAGAGGCUGUAGUAACGGAAGUGAAAUCUGGACCUCUUUAUUACACUUGUCAUGUUCCAAACCUAAUGUCAUUGUUUGAGCACAUUUUCUUCUGCACAUGUCAUGAGAAGUUCAACAAUUGAACUGUAGUCGUAAAUCAUUCUGAAAUAUGUUGCCCUUUUACCCAAUGGCAUCGUUUUCAUGUCAAAUACUUACUCAUGUUUUAAGUGCUUAGUAGGGUUGAAAAUUACUUCGUAAUUGAGCCUAAGAACAGCAAGAAACAAAUUUCGUCCAGGAAAACAUGGGAAUAUAAUCUUUAUCUGCCCCUGACAUGCUAAAAUAAGUUAACAUGGAAACAAGGCCAUUGGAUAAAAGAGAAUAAUCGGUAAGGUGUAUUAAUUAAUGAGGUGUUAAAUAAUUUCUUCUUAAACAGACUAAAUGAUGAUUGUUUGGUUGUUGGAGGUGAAGAUGGAAUGAUUACUGUCUAUGAAAUACCCACAGUGAAGAAUUCAGUAAAGAAUGUAUCUUUGAAGGUAAUGCUGCACAGAUAUCUGAUUAUUGUAGCUCAUAUUUAGUAAUUGUGUGUUAUUUUUUAUUUCAAUCCAGGAAUUGAUCAAAUUGGAAACGAAAGGGGGUCCAGUCCAAACAUUAUGUUUGCAUGAUGUCACUAAAUUUGGUUCUGUUGAUUUGAUUGUUGCUGAUUCCAAAGGAACUUUGACUUUUUUUGGAAACAAACAGAUUUUGUAUAAAAUGACAAUAUCUGAAGGAUGUAUAUCUGCCUUGGCUGUCGACAUUGAUACAGGUAUGAUGUAUAUGUAAUUGAUUAUUUUAAAUUAUUCGUCUAACCCAUAAAGGUGCAAUGCACACCUUCAUGCAGCCAGUAUUAUCAGAAUGUUUUUGCUCUGUCUAUAAACAGCAACUGGUGUUACUUGUCUUACCUGUCCAUUUCCAUCAUGUGCACAAAUGCUGUUGAACUGUGUAGUUUACUCCAGAGUCUAACAGGGCAGGAAAAAAUAUUUUCUUCGUGGGAGCAGUCAACCUGGGGACAAAAUUUUCCUGCAGACCAACAGAGUAUUCUUGUGCUAAAUCUGCAUGUGCAUAAACAUAUAGUGUUCUACUGUAGCUGACUGUGGUUUUAAAUUCAAGGAAUAAUGUCUGUCAACCAUAUGUUGUUGUGCCCAUAGUGGGACAUGGCUGUUAAGGUUUCCUUCAAAUUUUCAAUAGCAAAUCUUCAUCCAAACGAAUUUCUUGCAUCUGUUUAACAUUUCCUGCGAGCAGUGCGUGUAUGCUCACCCAUUUUUCCACCCCUGCCGUCUAACAACUAGACUUCCCAAAUAGGGGUUUAUUCCAGUUUAUUUGAUCUCAUACUAAACUGGAUAGAACAUCAAAACCAGUUUCAUGAUGGUGACAUUGUCCAUGGGUAAGAAAAAGUAACUUAGAAAUCUCUAAAAUAUAUAUGCCACACGGUUAAUAUUUAUUUACUGAAUUAUCUUUCAGCACAAAACUUGUCGAUAGUUGUUGGAGAUCAUGAAGGAAAUGUACUUGGUUGUUUACCUCACUGUACUCAGUGGAGAUUACGACUCAAUGAUAUGAUCACCUCAAACAAGGUAG